UAUCCGCUUCAACUUACGCAUUUUGGCCGUACUGGUUGCCGGACUACUGGAAGAUAGAUAGGGGAGCUGGGGGAAGAGGGGGUUCCCAUCCGAUGGCGUGUGUCUGCGAACUAGUUUUGCAGCUUCCCAGUCCCAACCCGCUGCAUUGUCGCUCGCUUCCGCUUAUCCUGGGACCGUGCUUCAAUAAAUCAUCAAUAUCUUCCUCCUCCUUGGGAUGCUCGUCCCCUCUCCAUUUUGGCGACCUUGUAUAUCGUGGAUUUGGCAGGAAAUUUUCCCGUCCCUCAAAUUCUAGGCACGGGAUCCGUCCUUCGUGUGACCUAUCUGCUGAGCCUAGACGGCCUGAAAAAGUGCAUCACAAUGUUGAAGCGGAGGAGGAGGCCGCUGGUAAACAAGAAGAAGGACCAAAUGGGGUUAAGAGGAGACUCGGUAGGAGUGGAGUGGCAGCUGUGAUGGAAGAAGCUUUUCCCCAGGGUAAUUCGGCUAUAGUCUCCGCCUGCUUUAUUGGUCUUCUCACCGGCAUCGGUGUUGUACUCUUCAACAACGCGGUGCAUGAAAUACGGGAUUUCUUUUGGGAUGGGAUCCCAUAUAGAGGUGCAACAUGGUUAAGAGAACAGCCCAUUCAAGUAGUAUUGGAAAGAGUAAUUGCAGUACCAGUUUGUGGGGGUUUCAUUGUUGGCAUUUUGAAUGCUCUUCGUGGUAGCCUAGAGGGUCCUACAAAAAGUUUUACUUCUACUAAUUUAAAGGCCGCUCUAGAACCAAUCUUGAAGACAGUGGCUGCAAGUGUUACCCUUGGGACGGGGAAUUCAUUGGGACCAGAAGGUCCAAGUGUUGAGAUAGGUGCAUCCAUUGCCAAGGGAGUUGGUUCCUUGUUUGAUAGACAUGCUCAACGGAAGCUUUCUCUUGUGGCUGCUGGCUCAGCUGCUGGAAUAUCUUCUGGAUUCAAUGCUGCUGUUGCUGGUUGCUUUUUCGCUGUAGAGUCAGUCUUAUGGCCAUCAACAGAAGAAUCAUCCUCAUCACUUACAAAUGCAACUUCUAUGGUCAUACUCAGUUCAGUGAUAGCAUCUGUGGUAACACAAAUUGGUCUUGGAUCUGAACCAGCCUUUAUAGUGCCAGGAUAUGAUUUUCGUUCUCCAAUGGAACUUCCACUGUAUCUUUUGCUGGGUGUUCUCUGUGGCUUGGUAUCAUUGAUGUUAUCUAGGUGCACAUCGUUUAUGCUGGUGAAUGUCAACAAUGUUCAGAAACUCAUUGGCAUUCCAAAGGACAUUUUCCCUGUAUUAGGUGGAUUAGCUGUUGGGCUGAUAGCCUUGGCAUAUCCAGAAAUCCUCUACUGGGGCUUUGAGAACGUUGACAUUCUUCUAGAAUCCCGACCAUUUGCGAAAGGCCUAUCUGCUGACCUCUUGCUUCAACUGGUUGCAGUCAAAAUAGUUGCAACUUCUUUAUGCAGGGCCUCUGGUUUAGUAGGAGGCUACUAUGCUCCAUCUCUCUUUAUUGGUGCAGCUACGGGCAUGGCAUAUGGAAAAUUUGUUAGUUCCACAAUUUCUCAAUUUGAUCCAGUCUUUCAUCUCUCUUUCUUGGAAGUUGCGUCACCCCAAGCAUAUGGCCUGGUUGGAAUGGCUGCCACUCUUGCAGGUGUAUGCCAAGUUCCUCUUACGGCAGUUUUGCUUCUAUUUGAGCUGACACAGGACUAUCGAAUAGUUCUACCACUUCUUGGAGCUGUGGGGUUGUCUUCAUGGAUUACCUCUGGGCAUAUAAGCAGAGGGGAUAGGGAUACUAAGAAAUAUGAAGAAGCAACUGCUCGUGCAACUGUAGAACCUGAAAUAUCUUCUUCAAACCUUAGGAUACUUUCCUCUAUUUACACUCUUGCUGUAGAAGUGUCUGAUGCUAAUAACCUUUGUAAAAUUGACAAUUCCCUCUGUCUAGAUGAUUCUAAUAAGGAUAAUGAGGAUUUAGAAAGGAAGAUUCUUGUUUCACAAGCCAUGAGAACCAGAUUUGUGACAAUCCCAUUGGGCACUUUGCUAACACAAGCAGUAAAUCUCAUGUUUGCAGAGUUGCAGUCUUGUGCAGUAGUUGUUGAUGAUGAUAACCUCUUGAUUGGUUUGUUGACACUUAGAGAUAUUCAGGCAUUCAGUGAAUCAUCAAAAUCAAGAAGCAAAAGACCUGAGGAGCUUUUAUUAUCUGAAGUAUGGUCCUCACAUAGUGGGAAGUUGUGUACAAUAACUCCGAGUAUGAAUCUCUUUUCUGCUAAAAAUUUUAUGAGCAGACAUGGCAUAUCUCAAGUUCCAGUUAUCAAGGAGCAUGUUGAAGAUCAAAAAGGCAUGCCUGUUGGCCUGUUAGACAAAGAAUGCAUCAGUCUGGCUUGCAGAGUUCUAGCGGCUCAGAACACCUCAGUGGGUUUUCCGCGCUAGCAAGAGCCAACCACUGAGUAAGAAUGAUUAUGCUGCUUAUCAUUUUCACCAGGAGCUAAAUACCUGGUCGCCACUCAAGAUUGAAAAUUGCCGCUUGGCAGUGUUGUCAUGCAGAAAGUGAAGAUGUUUCCCUCUAAGGAUUUCUUCUCUGGAUCAUUAAGCAAAACAUAUGUUCAUAUUGGAUCCUCAGCGAAGAACUAUUUACACAUUCCGGUUGAAGGUGGCAUAGUGCAACAAUGGGGGUAACAGGUUUCUGCAUUCAACGCAAUAUUUGUUACGAAGAAGAAGUCACCAGGAAAACAAGUGAAUUUGGUUCUCUGAUAGAAAGAAUGAUGAUUGUUUUGUCUUUGCAUCUGGCUGUAGAGUGUGGAGAAAGCAGCAACCUUCAGUUAAAUGAUGAAAGUAAAUAAUGGCGUUACAUUUCUUUCUAAGUAACCUGCGAAGAGAGGAAUUCUCCAGAAUAAUAUUCUUUGAUGUAAAGGAGUUGGAAUAGAUUGUAGUGUAAGGUUACAUGCUAUCUGCAGCUCUGGGCUGCAAUUUAUUUUCCCUAA